AUGCUUCCCGGAGAAUCAUUUGAUAUGCUGGAUGAAAGAUUCCACAAAAUCUUGAAUGAUCUUGCAUCACUUAACCACGUUCUUUCUCCCAAAGAAAAGAAUGUAAGGUUGCUGAGAUCUCUUCCAACUGAGUGGUACACCAAAGCCACAGCCAUGGAAGAAGGAAGAAAUCUGGAGAACUACACUGUCCAAGGUCUCCUUGAUGAGCUCAGAACCUAUGAGCACGAGCUGAAGAAGAAGAAGGAAGAACAAGUCACUCCCUUCCCAACGGCACUGAUGACAACUCCAAGAGUCCCAUCAAGUGAAGGGACAUGCUUAAGAAGCUGUGACACACCUUCCUCCAGCCAGCUGUCAAGCUCAAAAAUGGAGAGCUACGAUGAGGAAUUUGCCAUGAUGGUCAAGCAAUUCCGGAAGUUCAAGAAGUUCUUCAAGAAGGCUGACUCAAUCAGAAGACCAACCAAGGGAAAGCCACAAGUAAGUGACUCCCCUCCUGAAUCUUAUUUAUGUUAUAAUUGCAGGAAGCCUGACCACUGGAAGUCAGCAUGCCCGUACCCAAAGGUGGAGAAGUACGGAGAAAGAGAAAGGAACGAGAAGAAAAAGAAGGCAAUGGUUGCUGCUGAAAGUGACGAGUCAUCUAGCUCAAGCUCAGAUGAAGAAGCCCUCGUCUGCAUGGAGCGCAGAGUUGAAAAGUCCAACCAUGAGGAUAGGUGGACUAUGUCAGAAGAUGACACUCUCUGCCUAAUGGCCAAAGAUGAUGCUGAUCAAGAGGUAACCUCACAAACCUUCUACUCAUCUUCUUAUGAAAGCAUACCAACUUCUGAAAAUCUUUUUGACCAGUUCAAAAAGAUGAUGGUAGAUUUUGAGGAAAUAAAUCUCAAACACUCUUCCUUAACAGAGGAGAACAAAUUAUUGAGUGAAGAGAAUCUCAAGUUGACUGAAGGUCGGAAAAGUCAACUGGAUGAGAUCACUCAACUCAAGACUGAAAAUGAAUCUCUCUCUGAAAAGGUGAAAACCCUUAACAAAGAACUAGGGACACUUAAGUCCAAAGAAGCAGUGGAUAAGCUUCUUGAAACGACCAAACAUAAGGGUCGUGGAGGACUUGGGUUUGACCCCUCCAGUUCCAAAAAGAAAGGGAGAACAACUUUCAUCCCUCCUAAACCUACUGCUAAACCAAAUAAGCAGAAAGGAAAGGAAAAGGAGAAACCAACAGAAGUUCCCAAAAAG